CUUCUUCCUUCGACGUCACCUCACCACCGGCCACCCAAACCUUGAACCUCUCCUACUCACAUCCAACAGAAAGAUCCGAUCGAAGAAGCCGCUCUAGAGGCAGCUACUCUGCCUUAUUUCUUUGCCUCUUCAAAGAGCGGUUCACUUGUCAUAUCUCCGGUUCAAUCAACCCCGAGCUUCAGAGAAGCCGCUCUCGGCCUGUAUUAGGGCAUCCGACCAACCGCAGGAGAGGGAGAGUCAUGGUGGAUCCGGCGAAUACUCCGCUUGGAAAGAUGCUGUUGGAGGAGAUCACUCCGGUGGUUAUGGUGCUUUGCACUCCACUCGUGGAAGAAUCUUGCCUUAAGAACGGCCUCUCCUUUGUCCAAAUGCUCUCCCCUUUCUGCGACUUCACCAACAUCGAUGUGCCUGUACGGACGGCGAGUGAUCAACCCUACAGGUUGCACAAGUUCAAAAUUAGGUUGUUUUACGCCUCGGAUAUUCGGCAACCCAAUCUCGAGGUAGCAAAGGAGAGACUAAAGCAAGUUAUUACUAAGGCGGGAGAGGAUGAUUUCCCUGAAAUAUAUUCAGAUCUACCUCAAGUGAAUGAUCUUCUCUCAAGGCAUGAGUCUGAAAUUUUACCGACAUGGUUUCAGUUUUUCAAUAAAGAGCUUGUACGUACCUUGUCUUUUUCUGAUCAUGAAGCUUUUGAUCAUCCUGUGGCAUGCCUUUUGGUUGUUUCUUCAAGGGAUGAGGAAUCCAUAAAUAGAUUUAUAGACCUCUUUAACACCAACAAAUUGCCCUCCUUUCUCAGUGAUGGUGCAAUGGACCCAAAGGUUUUGAAGCAUUACUUACUUGUGCACGAUAAUCAAGAUGGUGCUUCAGAGAAGGCUACUAAAAUUUUGACUGAGAUGAGAAGUACAUUUGGCCCAAAUGACUGUCAAUUACUUUGCAUUAAUUCUUCUCAAGAUGGGCAGACUCGCCAUAAAGAUACCCCUUGGUCUACUUUUAGAUCUGAUGCUUAAGCUACUGAACAUCUUGGCCGCUUCCUCAAACUAGAUGACCUUAAUGAAAUUAAGAAUCUCAUGCAAGAAUUAUCAUCUAAACACAUCAUUCCUUACAUGGAACAAAAGAUACGUUUGUUGAACCAACAGGUUUCUUCUACAAGGAAAGGUUUUAGGAACCAAUUUAAAAACUUAUGGUGGAGGAAGGGGAAGGAAGAUGCAUUGGACACCACAAAUGGUCCUGUGUAUACCUUUAGCUCAAUUGAAUCUCAGAUUAGAGUUUUGGGUGACUAUGCAUUCAUGUUACGAGACUAUGAGCUUGCCGUCUCCAGCUAUCGCCUAAUUUCCACUGAUUACAAGCUUGAUAAAGCCUGGAAGCGCUAUGCUGGUGUGCAGGAGAUGAUCGGGCUUACAUACUUCAUGCUUGAUCAAUCACGAAAAGAAGCAGAGUACUGCAUGGAAAAUGCAUUUAAUACCUAUUUAAAGCUUGGGUCUGCUGUUCAACAAAAUGCUACAAGAUGUGGUCUUUGGUGGAUAGAGAUGCUGAAGACAAGAAAUCAGAUUAAAGAAGCUGCCACUGUUUAUUUCCGCAUUUGUGGUGAGGAUCUUUUACAUUCAGCUGUGAUGCUCGAGCAAGCUUCUUUUUGCUACUUGUUGUCAAAACCACCAAUGCUGCAUAAAUAUGGGUUUCAUCUUGUUCUCUCUGGUGAUCAUUAUAAAAAAUGUGAUCAGAUUAAACAUGCGAUACGCACAUAUAGGAAUGCUGUUUCUGUUUACAGAGGAACCACAUGGAACCUUAUUAAAGAUCGUGUUCAUUUCCACAUUGGACAGUGGUAUGCUUCUCUUGGCAUGUAUGAUGUUGCAGUCACUCAUAUGCUGGAGAUCUUGGCCAGCAGUCAUCAAUCAAAGACAUCACAGGAGCUAUUUCUGAGAGAUUUUCUUCAUAUUGUUCAGAAAACUGGAAAAACGUUUGAGGUGUUGAAACUUCAGUUACCUGUUAUCAACAUUUCCUCACUUAAGGUCAUUUUUGAAGAUCAUCGAACUUAUGCAUCUCCAGCGGCUGCAAGCAUCAAAGAAGGUGUAUGGCGUUCACUGGAGGAGGAUAUGAUCCCAUCAUUGUCUGCCAAGUCCAACUGGCUGGAUGUGCAAUCAAAGCUUAUUCCGAGAAAAUAUAAAGAAUCAAAUAUUUGUGUGGCAGGAGAAGCAAUAAUAGUGGAUAUUGAAUUUAAAAACCCUCUGCAAAUCCCUAUUUCCAUCUUAAAUGUUUCAUUGAUAUGCGAGCUUUCUGCAAAUCCUGAAGAAUUGAACUCUGAGGCAAAUAGUUCAAACGUCGAGCCCCAGAAUGAUGAAUACAAAACAUCAACUUCCACUGGGGAUAUUAAUUCAUCUUUGGUUUUAUUGGAGGUUGACUUUUCACUGGAAGGGGGUGAAACAAUCUUGGUGCAACUAACCGUUACACCAAGAGUAGAAGGCGUUCUGACAAUUGUUGGUGUUAAAUGGAAAUUGUCAAGUUCAGUAGUAGGCUUGCAUAAUUUUGAGUCUAACUCUGUGAACAAAAGAAUUGCCAAGGGAAGAAGGAAACCCAAGCAUUCGCCCAGCGCUGACUUGAAGUUUAUAGUGAUUAAGAGUCUACCCAGGCUUCAGGGUUUUAUUCCUUCUUUACCAGAAAAAACAUAUGCGGGAGACUUGCGGCAUCUUGUGUUGGAGUUAAAUAACCAAUCAAAGUUUCCUGUCAAGAAUCUAAAGAUGAAGAUCAGCAACCCGAGAUUUCUAAAUGCUGGGAAUCAGAGUUAUUUAAAUGUAGAAUUUUCUGCUUGCUUAGAAAAGAAGUUGAAUGUUGAGCAAAGCGGUGGGCAUGCUAAUGCUAAGAAAAUGUUGCAGAAUGUGUUCCAUUUUCCUGAGGACAUAUCAGUGCAGGAGGAAACAUCAUUAUCUUGGCCUCUUUGGUUUCAUGCUGCUGUUCCUGGCAAUAUUUCUUUGUACAUUACUGUAUAUUAUGAAAUGGAAAAUGUAUCAAGCAUUAUGAAAUUCCGCACUCUACGUAUGCAUUAUAAUUUGAAUUUUGUUUUACCAUCGUUGGAUGUAUCAUUUGAACUUAGUCCUUGUCCAUCAAGAUUGGAAGAGUUCCUCUUGCGUAUGGAUGUUGUCAACAAGACCAGUUCUGAAUGUUUCCAGAUUCAUCAAUUGUCUUCUGUUGGGCAGCAGUGGGAUGUCUCAUUGCUCCAACCUGUUGAUAGCAUUUUACCGUCUCAAUCCUUAUUUGCUGGUCAAGUAUUGUCAUGCUUCUUCAUGCUUAAGUAUCACAGGAAGUCAUCAACUUCUGAAGACAGUAAUCCUCUUUUCCUCCAGAGUGAUGUAAGACUCGGACCUCCGGGAAACAGUGAAGCCCUCUUCGAUGUAUGUUCUUCACCUUUGGCUGAUUUCCACGAUUAUGAGAGAUUGUACCAGGGAAUGUCAUGUCAGGGGAAUGUUGAUUUCGUUUUCAUCACUCAACUGUGGAGGGGUAAUAUUGAUUCUGGUGCUCCUCAUAGACCACUUCUUUUUUCCCAUCAUGUUUGUCAUUCCAGUCUUUCUAGCUUCAGUCCAAUAUCUUGGUCCGUGGAUGGGCCUCGGACCAUACAACAUAACUUCUCAGCUUCUCCAUGUGGAGUAAAUUUGAAGAUGACUAUAAACAAUUCAUCCGAUGCUGCUUCAUCUGUCCAUGUCAAGACCUUUGAUCCCCCCAGUAGUAACAGCCAAUCAAUCGAUGCUACUGCAUCUCAGUCAGGUCUCCCUCUGGAAAAUCAAGCAGGGUGGUUCAGCAUUCCAGCAGUGAAUGACACGAAAGUCAUCACAACCGAUGCUCUUGCAAAACGUAUUACGAAGUCGGUUUCCUUGGAAAGUGCCCCCCAGUUCAUUUGGACAGGUUCAAGCUCUACUAAACUCAAACUUCAACCUAGGGCAACAGCUGAAGUUCCUCUUCAGAUCUGUGUUUUCGCUCCUGGAAUAUACGAUUUAUCAAACUAUGCUUUGAAUUGGAAUCUAGCACCCAUUGAAGAAAGUCAAGGAGAAGCAAACAAGUCUUCGGGAGAGUGCCAAGGAUAUCCCUAUUAUCUUACGGUGCUGCAAUCUACUUAAAAUACGAGGUUCAUCAGGUUUACUAAUUCUCUGUACCCUUAACAAUGGGAUCUUACUUGUAGUUUUGUAACAUGUAAAUUAUGGUCCCUAAAAUGUAUAAUUAUUGGUAUAAAAUAGGAAUUGAGAAAGCCUCUGGAGGUAAUAGAAGAAACAUUCUAUUUUUGAGUUUUCAUACAAUAAUAAGGGAACACAACAGAUUUUUAUGUUACAUAAUGUAAAUGGACUCAGAAUAUUUGAUUGGAGAAAAUCGGUUACACUUGAUACAA